GAGUCGUAUUUAAUGUGUCGUUUGCGGUCGGGUGCGACUUGUUUAAAAAGUUUCUGUUGCGGCAAAUCCGCUAUGGUACGCAUCGAGGGCACAGCGGAAGCAAUGGUGGUGCCCAGACGAACCUCUUUCUCGAUCAGCAGCCUCAUCCACGGCGGGGAGAAUGACGAGAGCGUGCCGGUCGGUGGCAGCGCCACCCCGCCGGAGUGCCCGCGGGACUUCAGCCGGCGAGACGUCGCCACCCCUCCCGAUUCCAAACCGAGCAGCACCCCUGCAGAAUCCCCGGUGGCUUCCACACCACCUUCGCCGGCUAAAUCCACAGCGGCUACAACAACAACACCAACGAAAUCGAAGGGUUCAGAUGAUAAAAAGUCGACGUUCGAGAAACCUCCCUUCAGUUACAAUGCCCUCAUCAUGAUGGCGAUCCGACAAAGUCCGGAAAAGAGACUGACGUUAAAUGGCAUCUACGAGUUCAUCAUGAAGAAUUUCCCUUAUUACCGCGAGAACAAGCAAGGCUGGCAGAACUCUAUUCGUCACAAUCUCAGCCUCAACAAGUGUUUCGUCAAAGUACCCAGACACUAUGAUGAUCCUGGGAAAGGAAAUUAUUGGAUGUUAGAUCCUAGUUCGGACGAUGUUUUCAUCGGUGGAACAACUGGCAAACUUCGUCGGCGGACGACAGCUGCUUCUAGAAGUCGCUUGGCAGCUUUCAAGCGUGCUGGCGCACCUGUGUUCCAUGCUGGACUCAAUCCUGGUCUCCAUCCUCACGAUAAAUCCGCCUUGGGCUGGUCCCUGGCAGGAUAUGGUGGUUUCCACACACCUGGAGGUCUCCUGUCUUUCAAGUAUCCCUAUUCAAGCCUAGCCACAAAUAUGACAACACUUCAGAACCCCAAACCCACGGGAUUCAGUGUGGACAGACUCCUCGGGGCUGAAUCUGCCGCAAAUCUGCACGCGCCUUUAUGGUCCAGUCUCGCUGCCUGCCCUCCUGGCUGUGCCCCCCUAGGACUUGGUGCAGCUCAGGGCUACUCGGCGAUGCCUGGAUGUGGCUACCUUUUCUCGUCUCUAGUCAACCCUGGACAGGCCCUAUAUGACCUGCAUGCCCUAAGGACAGUCUCAGCCCUGAAUUGCCAAGCUGCUAGCCAGUCCAGAACUGUCAGUCAAAGUUCCACAUCAGCGAGUCCUGAGAGCUCUACGACCAUCUAUAAGCCAAUCCCAAUCAUGUCCAAACAGAGCUAGUGAUGUGUAAGUCCCAGUGCUUAUUGUCAAGUCGUGUAAAUAAAAUUCCCGCUUAGAAUUGUACAGUGUAAAUAUCUUGCCAGAUUUUUCCUAUGCAAAAAAAGACAUUCACAUUUUUGAACUGUGCAAAGACGACAAAAGACAGACUUUAAUGGCUCUUGUAAAAACUCUUGCUCUUGUAAAAAGAGUGGACGAUCAACUUAGCAAACUAAAGACGUCUGAGUGACAGUUUGUGGACCUUUGCUCCUGUCAUAUAAACUCUCCUAUUUAUUUUUAUUUUUUGUUCGAGGGCAAGAUCGAAUGCGAAUCCUACAUAUCUAUCAACAGGUAACUUUAACAGUUUGUUCAAUAUAAAAGCAAGUUCCUUAGAUAAGAUAUCUUAGAAUAAAAGUGCAUACUUUUAUGCAUAUAAUAUUUAAAGGAAUAUGUGUGCAUCUUUAAAAAAAUGUCAGUGAUAUAUAGCAGAACAAUUUUCCACAGUAAUAGCCGAUUCUGUACUUUUCUUAAAAAUUUGUUUAAACUACAGACAAAUUCUUAGUGCCUUUAUAAUGAUAAAUUUUUUUCCUUGUUAAUUUUGUUAUGCUAAUUACUUUUGAAUCUUUACACAAUUAUUCUUAUGAAUUCUUUCUAUAAUUUGCUAUAUUCCUUUAUAAAUCUUUAAAGUGUUAUAUAUUGAUUCUUCGAAAAUCAUUCGAUUCUCUAUUUCUGUUUAUACAAACCAUGCUAUCCUAGUAAGGUUAUUAUGCAAACUAUACAAAGUUCCUGGACUAUAAGUAUUAUAGAUGGUGAUUUUUGAAUUGUUUUACUUUGAUGAUCUUUAAAAUAGAAUGCAAUAAUUCUACACGAAUUUUGAAUGUCUAAUAAUAAUCUUUUUCUUACAUCUUAAUUAAAGUGUAAAAUGAAAUCUCUUAAUUAUUUUACUGGAAAUAUUUCAUAGUGUGUAUUCAUGAAUGUUAAAAAUAAGUACUUAAUCAGUUAUAUGCACGUGAUUUUGAAUAUGUUGUACUGUAUCCGUGAUAUAUUGCUUUAAACAUUUCUUUUGUGACUCAGCUUAAAAGCAAAAUAUAGAUGUUAUGACAAGGAAUAUAAUGUGUUUUUAUUUCUGCUACUGAAAGGUAAAACUUUUCAAGAUUUUAUGUUAUUUUUUACUAGGACUGAGGUACCUAAAGUCUGAGCGCACACAAAGUUUAUAGAAUAUUCUAAAAAUGACAAAUAUUUCGCCAGUGUGUUGCCACUGUAUUAAUUGCCAUUGAAACUUGCUGAAUUAUAGACAGUAUAUAAUUUUAUAUAGAAAUGAAUAAAAUAUUGACAUUUAAAAUUCA